AUGCGAUUCACCCAGUUCACCAUCGCAGCCGUCAGCUGCAUUCUUGGGCUCACAAUUGCCAUUCCUUUGCCAAAAGACGUUGAAGCCCAGGCUGUUGAUGCUCGUGACGAAACUGUUGAGACCACUGGCUGUAUCACUUCCAGCAAGACGGCUACCACAGAAUCCACGGGAUCUGUUGUUUGUGCCUUCUAG